GCAUGCCUACUCCUCACUCCUCAAUGACUGUCUGUUAGGAGCUUAAGCCCCUCUGAAUCAGUGCACACACUUCAGUAGGAGGGUUGGGAGUCAGCAACAGACAUGAGCUUCACCAUCGAGGAGAGAGGCAGGCCAAACACCCAGGAGUACAGGGUGUUUUUCAAAAACUCUGAGGGGAAAUACAUCUCUCCAUUCCAUGACAUACCAAUCUAUGCAAAUGAGGCAGAGAACAUUUUCCAUGCUGUUGUGGAGGUGCCGAGGUGGACAAACGCAAAAAUGGAGAUUGCCACCAAAGAUCCUCUUAAUCCACUGAAACAAGAUGUGAAGAAGGGGAAUCUGCGUUAUGUAGCUAACGUGUUUCCUCACAAAGGAUACAUCUGGAAUUAUGGGGCAAUCCCACAGACAUGGGAAGACCCGGGCCACAAAGACAGCGACACUGGAUGCUGUGGUGACAACGACCCCAUUGACAUAUGUGACAUAGGAAGUAAGGUGUGCUCCAGAGGAGAGAUAAUCAAAGUCAAGGUGCUGGGAACCUUGGCUUUGAUUGACGAAGGGGAAACAGACUGGAAGGUCAUCGUAAUCAACAUGGAGGACCCUGAAGCCAGCGACUAUAACAAUAUUGAUGAUGUAAGAAGACUUAAGCCGGGAUACCUGGAGGCGACAUUUGAUUGGUUUAAAAGAUACAAAGUCCCAGACGGGAAGCCUGAAAAUCAGUUUGCUUUCAAUGGAGAGUUCAAGGACAGGGACUUUGCCAUUAAAACAGUCAAGAGCACUCAUGAGUUUUGGAAGGCCCUGAUCUCUUCGAAGACCAAUGCUGGCGAGCUGAAUUGCAUGAACACCAGUGUCUCAGAUAGUCCAUUCUGCUGCUCCGGCGGGGAUGCAGAGGCUGUGGUGCACGCUGCAUGUGAUCUUGGACCUGAAGAUCCCAUUCCAAGUUCAGUCGACAAAUGGUUCUACUACGACAAGUAAACAGAGCCUGGACAAGGACCCGAAGAUGGGAAGUGCUUCUUUUUUCAUCUCUUUUCAAUGCACUUGAACGCCACAUGAAACUGACUACACAGAUGAAUUAAUUGUAGUGAAUGUUGUUGUUUGUUUGUUUUGUUUUUUUCUCAACAGUACACUGUUAAGGAUGUCUGAUAUCAUUAUCAAAAGUGCUCUUUGUGUGACUGUGGCACCAAAAGUCAGAUCAUGUGAUAGCGCUAUUAAGUAUGUUUUUUCAUCAUUUAUUUAAUGGAUGUUAACCACAAUAAAUCAUACAAUCUCACAGUU